CUAAGAUAUAACCGCGUUUUUUUUACCUUACGGAAUUCUCUCUUUCUUACACCACCACCCAACAAACAACCAGUAUAUACAUUUUAAGAGAAUGCCGGCAGCCAAUGCACCCCGCCAAUUUCGUAUUCGCGCGCCGUGUUCGUCUGCCAACAUUGGACCAGGAUUCGAUGUGCUAGGCAUGUCCUUGUCGCUCUACCUGACACUCGACGUUAGCCUAUACCACGAAGAUGCCACAGAGGCUUUUGAGAUGACCUAUUCGGGCGAAGGGGCCACGGAAGUUCCACUUUUACCAGAGCAAAACUUGAUUACCAAGAUCGCUCUCUACGUCCUUUCGGCGAAUGGGAUCUCGCAGCUGCCUCAGCCGCUCAAAAUUCACGUACACAAUCCCAUUCCGUUGGGCAGAGGUCUUGGUUCUUCGGGUGCUGCCGUCGUCGCUGGUGUUUUGCUAGGUGAUGCGCUCGCCGACCUUAAAUUGUCUUAUGAUCGCCUUUUAGACUAUUGCUUGAUGAUCGAACGCCAUCCUGACAACGUAGCAGCAACUCUAUUGGGUGGGUUCGUCGCAUCGUACUUGCGUGAACUUGAUCCAGAAGCCACCAAGGGCGUCCCUGAAUCAGAAACUUUCUUGGAUGACGUUGUAUCAAAGACAUACCCACAACCCCCUAUUGGUAUUGGUCAUUAUCUGCGACUCAACUGGAACAAGGAAAUCAAGGCUGUUGCCAUCGUGCCUAACUUUGAGGUCGCCACAGCAAAGGCCCGUGCUGUUUUACCAUCGACUUAUUCACGUCAGGAUGUGAUCUACAACUUCCAGCGUUUGGCUGUGCUAACUACUGCCUUGGGCAAAUCACCACCUGACGCCGAUUUGAUUUAUAACGCUGUUCAGGACCGUAUUCAUCAACCUUACCGCAAGACAUUGAUCCCGGGUCUUCCCGAAAUUCUGUCAACCAUCACACCUGCCAAAUACGAGGGUCUGCUGGGCAUUUUCUUGUCUGGUGCUGGUCCCACCAUCUUGGCCUUGGCGACAGGUAACUUUGAUGCUAUUGCUGGGGCUGCUCAAAGCGUUUUCAAGGAGCAUGGCAUUGAAAGUUGGUACAAGGUUCUUGAAGUCACGGAUGGAGGCUCCACCUGUGAAGAACUACCAUAGAACUGAUAAUAAAAAGAAUUUAUUAUUGGGAUUAAUUUAUUGUAAAAAUUACGAAACCUGUUUUUCUGCUUUAAAGGAUUAAUGCUGUGUAGCAUUGGAUGUGUAUACUGGACUUGCAGAACGCGAUAUUGUUGGCUAUUGCACGCUAAUGUUGCUGCUCUUUUAUAAUUCUUCAACGACUGACAUGUAUUUUUGAGAAUGUAGUAUGUAUAUAUUAUGUUCAUUCAAAUACUAUUCUUGUUGUUAUGAG